AUCUUCUGAUUAAUCACUCUUUAAUCCUCUCUCUCUCUCUUUAUUUCUCUCUCUUUCUUUUUCUUCCUUCCAUAGAGAGCACCUUAUGCUGAUUCCUCUCUUUCUCCUCCUCAAAUCGUAACCUCGAUCCCUCCGAUUCCUUUUCACAAUUUAUCCUUAAAGUUUCGAUUUUUCAUUUCUGGGUUUUUGCCUCUCUGAUCAUGGCGGUUGUUGAGACUGUAGCAGCUGAUGCAGCAGGAGGAGUCGUGAUCCAGCCGCCGUCUUCACCACCUUCUUCAAUGACAAGUCAAGAUUCCGGCGUUUCUUCCGAUGAUCAGAACCAUCACUCCAGGAUCGAUCAAGUUCUCCGCCACGAUCAAGUAGUAGUUGGUGGUGGUGGUGGUGGUGGUCUCUACAGCAAGAUCGGGUCACACGUGGCGAGAUCCGACGGCGUUGACGGUGGUGAGAGCUUCAAUCGUGAUAUGAGAGAGCUUCAGGAGCUUUUCUCUAAGCUCAAUCCCAUGGCUGAAGAGUUCGUUCCUCCUUCUCUCAAUAAACAAGGAGGUAACGGAGGACUUAACGGUGGUUUCUUCACCUCUGCUGGUUCCUUCUUCCGUAACAAUGGCUUUGCCGGUGCUGCAAAUGAAAACGGUGGUUUCCGACGGAAGAAGAGCUUUGGUCAAGGGAAGCGAAGGAUGAACGCUCGAACAAGCAUGGCUCAGAGGGAAGAUGUUAUCCGUAGAACUGUCUAUGUCUCUGAUCUUGAUCAACAGGUCACUGAAGAGCAGCUUGCUGGUUUGUUUGUGAGUUGUGGACAGGUUGUUGAUUGCCGUAUAUGUGGUGACCCAAACUCGGUGCUUCGGUUCGCAUUUAUUGAGUUUACUGAUGAAGAGGGUGCGAUGACUGCUCUGAAUUUAUCGGGGACUAUGUUAGGAUUCUAUCCUGUGAAAGUUCUGCCAUCCAAAACAGCUAUUGCACCGGUUAACCCGACAUUUUUGCCUAGGACUGAAGAUGAGCGUGAGAUGUGCGCAAGAACUAUCUACUGUACUAACAUUGACAAGAAGGUGACUCAAUCUGAUGUGAAGGUCUUUUUCGAAUCGUUCUGCGGAGAGGUUUACCGCCUGAGGUUGCUUGGAGAUUAUCAACACUCAACUCGUAUUGCUUUUGUAGAGUUCGUAAUGGCAGAAAGCGCAAUAGCAGCUCUCAACUGCAGUGGAGUUGUUCUUGGUUCUUUACCGAUAAGGGUGAGUCCUUCAAAGACGCCUGUUCGUCCCAGAUCACCAAGGCAUCCAAUGCAUUGAUCUUAUAGCUUUUACAAGGUUUUCUUUCACAUAUCUCGUGUCUCAAUAUAUAUAUAUAUAUGGCUGUCUCUUCUUAAAAAACAGCAUACACAGUUAUGUAAAGAUGUUUGUCUGCAUCUCUCAUCUCUUCGUUGUUCGGAAUGUAACUCUGGGAUCUUGAUGAUGCUUCCUUCUUCCGUUGCCUUUUUUCUUCUUACCUGAGAAUCUUUUGGGUAAAAAACCUCGUAGAGAGUUUUUAAA